UUGUUUCGAUUGAUGUGAUCAUGACUUUGCAUUAAUUUUUUCAUUUCGUUUCUUUUGUUUUUUUUAUUCAUUCAUACCAUUCUUUUUUGUAUUUUUUUCGAUCGAUCGUGAUUCUCGAUCACAAGCUGUGACGACGACGUGACCAUUUAAAUCAUAAAUAAGACUGAUCGACAUCCAUAUGGUCAUUUUCAUCAACAUUUCAGUCAACUUGUAAUAAAAAGAAAAUUUUUUCUGUUUUUUUUCUUCAUCCGUCGGCGACGACAAAUAACAAAGCAUUGGUUGUAUAUUCAUCAACAAAAAAAACCGAUGAUCAUUCUAUUCAUACCUGGCGAGAAAAAAAAAGAUAAUUUAUUCGACAAAAAGAACAAACAAUACGACAGGAAAAAUGGUAAUGAAUAGAAAACAAAUAACCGGCAUCAUCACCACCACCACCACUAAAAACAACAAUGAUGAUAAUGUUUCAUCAUCAGGUAGUGGCAUAAAAUUAUUGUCACCGAAAAACAAUUAUCAUCAUCAAACUAGAAAAAAUGGUAGCACUUUUAUCGGUGGUGGCCGUAUUUUUAUGAUUGUUAAAAAUGGUAACCAGAAUGAUCAGAAUAAAACGAAAAUCAUUCAUAGCCGUAAACAGAUCAAAAUUGAAGACAACGACGACGAAGCUCAACAAGCAGUUAAAUCUUUGAUUAAACAAGAACCAUUUGAUUGUGAUUCAUUCGAUACCUAUUCCACAGAAGACGAUAAUUCAUUAAUGAACGCAUCUGAUAUGGAUUCUGAAUCAUCGAAUCACAAUAACAACAACAGCAAUAGUGAUCAAUCUAUAAAUUGUCAAUCGUAUAAUAAUCAAAAUAAUGGCCAGAAUCCAAUCAUUAGUGAUGAUCUACUUGUUACAUUAACAGUACGUGAAUUAAAUCGACAACUGAAAAUGACCGGUAUGUCCAAAUCAGAAAUGAUACGAAUGAAACAGCGGCGACGAACAUUAAAAAAUCGUGGCUAUGCUGCAUCAUGUCGUAAUAAACGUCUAGAACAAAAAGGUGAUCUUGAAAAUGUAAAAGUUGAUGUCGUACAAACGGUCGAACAACUAAGUGAAUUGAUUGCAAAAACAAAAUCCGAAAUUGAUGAUUUCCGGCAACGAUAUGAAUCAUUAAAACAAUAUGCCGUUCAACAGCAACAAUUGGAAUUGCCACCAGAAUUUGAUUAUUUUAUCAAUGAACAUUGACAUAUUGUUGUAUAUUGUAUAUAAUAUAUUGUUUUUUUUACAUGAUAUAAAUAUCAUUUUUGUUGUAAAUUAUAA